AUGAACCAGUAUGUGAAUAAAAACUUUAGUUGUCAAUACAAGGUCACGAUUGGUGCCGACUUUCUUACCAAGGAGACCAUGCUGGACGACAAACUGGUGACGAUGCAAAUCUGGAACACGGCGGGUCAGGAGCGAUUCCAGAGUCUAGGUGUCGCCUUUUACCGUGGAGCUGAUGCAUGCGUGCUGGUCUAUGACAUUACCAACCCCAAGUCUUUUAAGAAGUUGGACACGUGGCGAGACAAGAGUCGGAACGAAGAGUUCUCAAGGAGAAGGCGCACGAGUGGUGCCGUGGAAAAAUUGUCUAACAGCCGAUUCAGUACUAUGAAACAAGUGCGAAAGAAGCGACGAGUGUGGAAGAAGCGUUUCAGACAAUUGCUGCUUCGGCUUUGCACGAGGACCAUGAAGACGACAUAUGACUGA